AUGCCAGGUGACGCCAGAACUGUGGCAAGCGAGGUUUGUGCCCCAACAGGUGCUGGGAAAACAAAUAUUGCAAUGAUUGCAGUUCUUCAUGAGGUUAAACAGCACUUCAGGGAUGGCAUUUUACAUAAAAAUGAGUUUAAGAUAGUCUAUGUUGCUCCAAUGAAGGCCUUGGCUGCAGAGGUAACAGCAACAUUCAGUCGCCGAUUAUCUCCAUUGAACCUGGUUGUUAGAGAACUUACAGGAGAUAUGCAGUUGACCAAAAAUGAGAUUGAAGAAACUCAGAUGAUAGUGACUACUCCUGAGAAGUGGGAUGUUAUUACACGCAAAAGCAGUGAUAUGUCACUUUCAAUGCUGGUUAAGCUGAUAAUCAUUGAUGAAGUACACCUUUUAAAUGACGAUAGAGGUUCAGUAAUUGAGGCGCUAGUAGCUCGGACUCUCCGCCAGGUUGAGUCUAUGCAAUCAAUGAUUCGCAUUGUUGGCCUAUCUGCUACCCUGCCUACCUACUUAGAGGUUGCACAAUUUUUGCGGGUUAAUCCAGACACUGGCCUUUUCUUUUUCGACUCAAGCUAUCGUCCAGUUCCUCUUGCUCAGCAGUACAUUGGGAUCAGUGAAAGGGAUUACACAAAGAGAAGUGAACUAUUCAAUACUUUGUGUUAUGAGAAGGUGGUUGAGUCCAUUAAGCAAGGUCACCAAGCAUUGGUUUUUGUUCAUACCCGCAAGGAUACUGGGAAAACUGCUAGAACCCUGAUUGACCUAGCAGCAAAAGCAGGUGAAUUGGAAUUAUUUUCAAGUGCAGAUCAUCCUCAAUUUCCAUUAAUCAAGAAAGAUGUUAGUAAAGCAAAAAGUCGUGAAGUUGUUGAAUUUUUUGAAUCUGGAUUUGGUAUACACAAUGCUGGAAUGAUGCGUUCUGACAGAAGUUUGAUGGAGCGCUUGUUUGGUGACGGGCUUUUGAAAGUCCUUGUUUGUACAGCAACUUUGGCUUGGGGAGUAAACUUACCAUCUCAUACAGUUGUUAUAAAGGGCACACAGCUAUAUGAUCCUAAAGCUGGUGGGUGGCGAGAUCUGGGGAUGCUUGAUGUGAUGCAGUUCCUUGGAUCUCUGAAAGAUAAUUUAAAUGCUGAGGUUGCCUUGGGCACUGUAACAAAUGUCAGGGAGGCUUGUACCUGGCUUGGUUAUACAUACUUAUUUAUAAGGAUGAAGACUAAUCCUCUGGUGUAUGGGAUAACUUGGGAAGAGGUUAUGGGAGAUCCUUCUAUGGGUGCGAAGCAAAGAACAUUUAUUAUUGAUGCUGCACGUGCACUGGACAAAGCUAAGAUGAUGCGCUUUGAUGAAAAGAGUGGUAACUUCUACUGCACCGAACUUGGUCGAAUUGCAAGCCACUUUUACCUUCAGUACUCCAGUGUCGAGACUUACAAUGAGAUGCUUCGACGUCACAUGAGUGAAAGUGAGGUUUAUAUUUCCUGUGCUCCAAUUGAUAGCUCCUCUUUACAUUCUGAUGCUCAAUACAUUAGUCAAAGUUUGGCACGUAUUAUGAGAGCACUAUUUGAGAUUUGUCUGCAUCGGGGAUGGUCUGAGAUGUCAUCCUUAUUAUUACAAUAUUGCAAGGCCGUGGACCGCAAGAUAUGGCCCCAUCUCCAUCCACUUAGGCAGUUUGAUAAGGAUCUUUCUCCUCAGAUAUUGUGGAAACUCGAGGAAAGAAAUGUUGAUCUGGAUCAUCUUUAUGAGAUGGAGGAAAAUGAAAUUGGAGCUCUGAUCCGGUUUUCUCAUCAAGGAAAGUUGGUUAAGCAAUACGUUGGAUACUUCCCAUAUGUCAACCUAUCUGCAACCGUGAGCCCAAUCACUAGGACAGUUCUUAAAGUGGACCUGCAUAUAACUCCAGAAUUUGUGUGGAAAGAUCGUUAUCAUGGCAUGUCAGAACGGUGGUGGAUCAUUGUUGAGGAUUCUGAAAAUGAUACCAUUUAUCAUUCAGAGCUAUUCACAUUAACUAAGAAGAUGGCAAGAGGAACACCUACAAAGAUAUCUUUUAACGUACCAAUAUUUGAACCUCAUCCGCCACAGUACUAUAUACGUGCCAUCUCAGACUCAUGGUUACAUGCUGAAACACUCUUCACCGUUUCUUUUCAUAAUCUGACAUUGCCACAGACGCAAAUAACACACACUGAACUUUUGGACUUGAAGCCUCUUCCACUGAGUGCUCUUGGCAACAAAACGUACGAGGAUCUGUACAGAUUCUCCCAUUUCAAUCCGAUACAAACUCAGGCUUUUCAUGUUCUUUAUCACACUGAUAACAAUGUACUCUUGGGAGCUCCAACUGGAAGUGGCAAAACAAUUUCGGCAGAACAUGCAAUGCUCCAUCUUUUCAAUACACAACCAGACAUGAAGGUAGUUUACAUUGCUCCUCUAAAGGCUAUAGUACGAGAAAGAAUGAAUGAUUGGAGAAAACGUCUUGUAACUCAGCUUGGGAAGAAGAUGGUUGAGAUGACUGGUGACUUCACUCCAGAUUUGAUGGCCCUAUUAUCAGCUGACAUCAUCAUUUCUACCCCUGAAAAAUGGGAUGGGAUUAGUCGAAAUUGGCAUAGCAGAAGUUACGUUAUGAAGGUUGGGCUCAUGAUAUUGGAUGAGAUACAUCUUCUGGGAGCUGACCGUGGACCCAUCCUUGAGGUCAUUGUAUCAAGAAUGCGAUACAUAUCAUCACAAACAGAACGUUCAAUUCGGUUUGUUGGUUUAUCAACGGCAUUAGCAAAUGCUCGUGAUUUAGCUGAUUGGUUGGGCGUUACAGAUGAUGGUCUAUUCAAUUUCAAGCCUAGUGUGAGGCCUGUACCUCUUGAAGUGCAUAUCCAGCUUGCAGCAUCAGAUGAAAAACCAAGGCAGUUCCUGAGCAUGGCGGACAACUCCCUAGACAUGGUUCUUUCACAAGUUUCUGACAGUAAUUUGAGGCAUACUCUGCAAUUUGGCAUUGGUCUGCAUCAUGCAGGUUUAAAUGACAGAGACAGAUCCUUGGUUGAGGAGCUUUUUUCAAACAAUAAGAUUCAGGUGCUGGUAUGUACCAGCACAUUGGCGUGGGGUGUCAAUCUUCCAGCUCACCUGGUCAUAAUCAAGGGCUCUGAAUACUACGAUGGGAAAACAAAAAGAUACGUAGAUUAUGAUAUCACAGAUAUUCUGCAAAUGAUGGGUCGUGCAGGUCGGCCGCAAUAUGACCAACAUGGCAAAGCUGUUAUUCUUGUUCAUGAACCAAAAAAGAGCUUUUACAAGAAGUUCCUCUACGAACCAUUUCCUGUGGAAAGUAAUCUGAGGGAGCACUUGCAUGACCACAUAAAUGCAGAAAUUGUUUCUGGCACCAUCAGCAACAAGGAGGAGGCGAUUAUUUAUCUCACCUGGACUUACCUAUAUCGCAGAUUGGUUGUUAAUCCGGCCUAUUAUGGAUUGGAGGAUACUGAAACAAACACAUUGAACUCUUAUCUAUCAAGGUUAGUCGAAACUACAUUUGAAGAUCUUGAGGACAGUGGAUGCAUAAAAGUGGAUGACCGCUCUGUAAAGUACUUGAUUUUGGGGAAAAUAGCUUCACAGUAUUACCUCAGCUACCUCACUGUUUCAAUGUUUGGGUCAAAUAUUGGCCCCAGCACAUCAUUGGAAGUCUUUGUGCACGUACUGUCGGCUGCGGCAGAAUUUGAUGAGCUUCCUGUACGGCACAAUGAGGAUAAUUUGAAUCAAAUACUCAGUGGAAAUGUCCCGUAUCCAGUUGAUCAACACCACCUUGAUGAUCCACAUGUUAAAGCCAACUUACUCUUUCAGGCACAUUUCUCCAGAGCAGAAUUGCCAAUAAGCGACUAUAUCACUGACUUGAAAUCAGUUCUUGAUCAGAGCAUACGUAUCAUACAGGCAAUGAUUGAUGUAUGCGCCAAUAGUGGAUGGCUUUCGAGUGCAUUGACUUGUAUGCAUCUCUUGCAGAUGAUCAUACAGGGUCUCUGGUUUGAGAGGGAUUAUGAAUCCCUCUGGAUGUUGCCAUCCAUGAAUGAUGAUAUAUUAGAUCAUCUCAAGGGUAGAGGAGUCUCAACAGUCCCCUCCUUGCUGGAUCUUUCCCGUGAAGAAUUGCAUAAGCUACUUCAACCAUUUUCUGCAUCAGAGUUGUAUCAGGAUCUGCAACAUUUCCCUCGUGUUGAUGUGAAAGUUAAGCUUCAUAAUGAACAGGAGCGAUCCAAACCUCCAACUUUAAACAUCAGACUGCAAUUGAAAAAUUCACGACGUUCAGCAUCAAGAGCAUUUGCCCCUAGAUUUCCCAAGGCAAAACAAGAAGCUUGGUGGCUGGUCCUGGGGAAUGCUACAAGUUCAGAGCUGUAUGGUCUGAAAAGAAUUAGUUUUGCUGAUCGGGUGAUUAAUACUCGCAUGGAAUUGCCACAGAUGUUCGAUGUACAGGAGACGAAGCUGAUUUUGGUGUCGGAUUGCUACCUAGGUUUUGACUUGGAGUAUUCUCUUGAGCAUCUCACCAAGGGUUGA